UAGUUGUUGAAUUGAUAGGUGGGAAAACAUGACGUCAAGACGUACAGUGGGACGUCUCGGAGAAGAUAAACAAAAAGGAAGGAAGCCUUCGGCCACACAAUCGCGGCAAAAUCGGUUCAAACAUUUAGGUUGCAAGCUAUAGUUAGCGACUAAAUGUGCCCUUUAAUUGCUUAGAUAAUUACGCGUAGGCGCUCACAAUCAUGGACGAGGCAAUAAUAUUUCGUAUGAGUGCAUUUUCCGAGCAAGGAGGGAGGAAAUACAUGGAGGAUGUUGUCGAGAUAAGAAUCGAGUACGAGCCGACGGCGUCGCCAGUCGACGAUUAUCCAAAGUCGCAGAGACAUGGAGGACACGGAAAAACGGAGAGUGAGCCCACCAAACAGACUGAAAAUGAGACACAUGAGCAUGACGUUGCUGCCAAAUCUGGUCCAGCUUCUGCAAUGUGGGUGGAGAGUCUAUCGAAUGACGACAGUGGCAACAACCUUGCACCGGUAACAGACGAAAAAGUCGCAGAGCAUGUAGUCGACACUCGUAAGUCCGUGGCGUUUUUCGCUGUUUUCGAUGGUCACGGGGGCCGGGAAGCUGCACAUUUCGCACAGGAAAAUCUGUGGGAUUUGUUGAAAAGGCAGCGGGGGUUCUGGUCGAAGGAUCACAGUGAAGUGUGUGCUGCUCUUCGGAAAGGGUUCAUCGCCUGUCAUCAUGCUAUGUGGAAAGAGCUACCGGAGUGGCCAAAGACUAUUACUGGCCUGCCCAGUACAUCAGGCACCACAGCCAGCGUGAUUGUGAUCCGUGGAGCUCACAUGUAUGUUGCCCAUGUAGGGGAUUCAGCGGUAGUGGUUGGAGUCAAAGAAAAUGACUCAGAUAUCACGCUCCAGGCUCUUGAAGUAACACAAGACCACAAACCUGAACUUCCUAAAGAAAAAGAAAGGAUUGAACGACUGGGUGGCAGUGUAAUGAAGAAAUCUGGGGUGAAUCGUGUUGUGUGGAAGAGGCCCAGACUGACCCAUAAUGGCCCAGUGAGGAGGAGUACAGUCAUUGACCAGAUCCCCUUCCUGGCUGUGGCCCGAUCCCUUGGUGAUCUCUGGAGCUAUGAUUUCUACAGCGGGGAAUUUGUGGUUUCUCCAGAGCCUGAUACCACUGUGAUGACCCUUGACCCAAAACGACAUCGCUACAUCAUCCUCGGCAGUGAUGGGCUAUGGAAUAUGAUGCCACCCAAGAAUGCUGUUAAUAUGUGUUAUAGCCAUGAUAAAAUGGUGGGACCGAAAGGAAUGUCUUGCGCCCGCCGGCUGGGAUGCACAGCUCUACUGUUUUGGAAAGAACGCAUGCUCCGUGCAGACAACACAACUGUUAUCGUUCUGGCCCUGCAGGAGCGCGGAGGACCCCCUAUCCCUAUGCAUCGAGAUGAGAUUGUUGUUGACAUGGCUACCGGAAUUGACCAUGUUCCAUACCCAGGAACUCCUUAUAACACAUGUGAGGUCCCAAAGCGGAGUGAUGCAGUGAAUGCUCCCUCCCCAUUCAGAGAAAGUUCCACGACUCUGGAGCAGGCAUUUGGGCUGUAUGAGGCAGCCUUCUGUGCCACUGCACAGCUCUUACCUGAUGUUGACACUGUGAGGGUGACACUGCCCCCCUCAGAUGGUUCAGAGAAUGUUUUCGAAAAGCAAGACUCCACAAACCAAACGGACUGUGGUCCCUCUGCUCUUCCAGUAAAAAGGUCCCGCCGUUCUCUUCACAUCCCCCCUGAACUUGAACGUCCUCACCGUCGGCUUGGCCGUUCCCCCAACAAGAGUUUGCCCCAGAAGACACCUCAUAGCAAAGUACCAAGUGAACAAUCCCGUCAAAUUCAUGCUCAGAAAACAGAACGAAGCUCCUCUGAGGAACGGAGUAUCCUAUCACAGCACCACAACGCUGCCUUGUGUGUGUGCUGAAUCUUGUCUUAAUAGAAAGUGUUUUUGCCCUGAGACUAAAAGGAUAAUCUGCAUCAUGUCAAUUUUGCUUAUGUACUAGGUGUGCAACAGGCCUAUUCCUAGAUGUAUACUUUUAUACAAAAUCUUAGUUUUUGUAAAUAUGUGAAAAAUUUUAGAUUGUAGAAGUGUUAAUGUUUUAACCUUCCUCUUGCCCUUCUUCCUGCCCCCUCUUUAAAUUUUAGUGUUCGGAAAUUCAAUAUUUAAAUUUUAGAUUUGUUCAAUCUGCACAAUCUAUUUUCAUACUUAUAAGUAUGUACAGUAUAUCCAAAUUAGGUAUUUUGAACAAGAUUGAUCACUACGAUCUGACUUAACACCGGUUCACCAUAAUAGUCAUGUGCGCGAUCUUCCAGUCAAGAUUUUUAUUAAAUGAAUUAACUAUUUUAUAUUGUUUUGACUUGUUGGAUGCUAUAGCACGUCAGUCGUUCCUUAAUUGGGGUUAAUACCUCACACUAGGUGUUUGGGAUCUUUCCUCUAAGAUGAAAUAUGCUCCUAUUGUUGAUAGUUAGUUUUCAUCUCAUAUGGUUUGCGUCAUUUGUUUCUUUAUCAGUGGCUAAUUAUGUGAGGUCAUGAACACAACUGUUACUCAGCUAAUUGGUGAAUCUUACGCAUAGCUUGUGAGGAGGUGUUAGGCUUAGUUCACCCAAAUUAGAAAAAAAACAUAAUACACUCUCUCACUUACCAUAGCGGUAUCUCUCCAUAGACAUAGAUGUGUGUGAUUUGAGUGAACUGCCCCUUUAAUGGUACUCCUUUUUCUUUACUGGAAAGUCAUAUCAUUCCAUACCAAGCACCUCCAUUUAUCAUCUCAAUCCAUGGGCCUUUCUAGAAGUACAUUUGUUUAAGUAGUGGAGGCAGACAUAUGAAUUUUAAGUCAGAAUUCAGAAUGGCCUCAGAAAUAAAUGCAAGUGAACCGAUUUGGUAUAACGAGAAUAUUUUAAUAAAAAGUCCAAAGUUACUGAAUAAAAGAAAAAACGUUCAUAAUAGUGAAAUAUUAGAACACAAAAAGAACCCCGGACACAAUUAUUGGAACCCUUCUGAUGAAUUUAAAAUAGUUCCUCAAACAAAAUAGAAACCAAAUAAGACUCACUUGUGCUUAAUUUUCAGUGUUCACAUGACCUGAAUUAACUAAUGAAUGGUGGUUUUACUGCAUAAAAUGGGUCUGAUUGUUUCCAGUUUCUUUUUCACAAUGGUGAAGACAUGAGAGGUGUCUAAGAGCAUCAGAAAUAGUAUUUCACAAUUAAAAGGCUACAAUCUCCAAAGAUCUUGAAAUCCCUCUCUCAACAGUUCCUAAUGUUAAGAAGAAGUUUCAUAAUCAUAAAACUUUUAAGACACUUCCAGGACAUGGAGCUAAGAAGAAAGUCAAUGAGAGAAUUCUGAAAAGGUUGAUAUGGAUUGUGGAA